CUAUAAGUAUUGAGUAAAUCUUAUCACAGUUUCAUUUCCUGCCGACGUCAGUUUGGCCGUCGUCAGCUGGCGUAGAAAUAAGUAAACAAAAAUAUGCUAUGCAAUAUGCGUCCACGGAACAGGCUUCUGAUCAAAGUUGACCAGGCAAUCAGAGGAUGUACAUGUAUUGGGCAGCACAGCUGAGCCGGUUUUGAAAAGUUAUUUUUAUUACUUAUACUGAAAUGGAAGAUCGUGAAGUGUUGUUGAAAAUGAAUUACCCCAUUUACGCAAAUAUGCUCAUGUCGAUAGUCUCUUAUUUUUUAACAGUUCGACUUAUACCUAAAUUUAGAGAUAUGUUCAUCAAAGGUAACCUCUAUGGCAUAGACAUGAACAAGAAGGACGGUGGAAAAGUACCGGAGGCAUUGGGUGUCGUGACGGGAUGUGUGUUCCUUAUCACAAUGUUUUUAUUCAUUCCUGUUCCAUUUACCGACUACAUAUUCAAGAAUGCAAACUUUCCUCAUAAUGAGUUUGUCGAGAUGUUGGCGGCUCUUUUAUCGAUAUGCUGCAUGUUAUUAUUGGGAUUUGCUGAUGAUGUCUUAGACCUGCGGUGGAGGCAUAAGUUACUAUUGCCCACAAUUGCAUCGUUGCCACUGUUGAUGGUUUACUAUGUGAACUUUAAUUCGACUUUGAUCAUAGUUCCAAAACCGCUACGACCAUGGUUUGGUUUGUCAGUUGAUCUGUGGCUGCUAUACUACGUUUACAUGGGGAUGCUGGCUGUAUUUUGCACAAAUGCUAUCAAUAUUUUGGCUGGCGUCAACGGACUGGAAGUUGGGCAAAGCUUGGUUAUAGCAGCCAGCAUAUCAGUCUUCAAUUUAGUCGAAUUAUCUGGGAAUCUGUGGAAAGCGCAUCAGUUUUCAUUGUAUUUCAUGCUACCGUACAUGGCAACAUCACUUGCACUUUUCAAACACAACUGGUAUCCAUCGCAGGUAUUCGUCGGAGACACAUUUUGCUAUCUUUCCGGAAUGACAUUUGCAGUGGUCGGCAUAUUGGGUCACUUCAGCAAAACUAUUCUACUGUUCUUCAUACCACAAAUUAUAAACUUCUUGUACAGCAUACCGCAACUAUUUCAUUUGGUACCUUGUCCGCGACACAGACUUCCUAGAUAUAACAAAGAAACGGACAAGCUGGAUAUCAGUGUUACUGUUUUUAAAAAAUCAGAGCUCAACGUGCUUGCUAAGCUUUGCUUGUGGGUAUUUCGCACAUUGAAGAUCGUAAGUUGGAAGGAAGAGAAAACUGGUUUGGUGACGUGUAACAAUUUAACGCUGAUCAAUUUUAUACUAUAUAUGAUUGGCCCAACAUCUGAGCCAAGUUUAACUAUAAUCCUCAUACUUAUUCAGAUUGCGAGCAGUGUAUUGGCAUUUAUGAUCAGGUAUCCACUUGCAUCAGUGUUUUACGAUAUUUAGAUGAGAGUUAUUUCACGUAAUGCACUUCGAGGUUGGAUAUGUGGAUAACAAGCUCCACGGGUCUUGAUGCUUAUCAAUGUUAUGCAUAUUGCAUUCUGUUAUACCAAGUCUGAAUGAUCAUAAUGAUCACAAAAAGAUUUACUAUCCUGUAUAUAAUUAUAUUAAAUAUUAUAUUAUCAAGACAAAAAUCGUAUAUCUUUUAUUACCUGGA